UAGAUAUGGAUAGAAUAUUUUAGUUAUCUAUAUUUGAAAAACAUAAAAGCGAGCGAAAGGCGUCGUCUAGUCGAAAUAGCUCAAAAGGCGCAAUAAGUUGCUUUAAGCCCCCUUUCGACGGCGCCUGUGCGCACAAGACAUUGCGAGCGGUGGACUGAGUGUGUAAGAGGGGCAGGGAGGAGGAGGAGGAGGAGGCGCAAUGUUAACCGCAAAACGUUGUGCUUUUAAUCAAAAGUUUUUAUAGAUUCGCGUCGUGCUCGAGAAAAUUGUUGAAUGCCCGCAAAACAAUUUCCAAUUUGCGCUCUCAGCUCACACGGACGCACGCACGCACACACAUGCACACGUGCGCGCGUUGGAGAGUUAGCGCGUGCGCUCGCCUCUCUGCCGCUCUUCCACUCGCGCAAUCUCUACAAACUCUCCGCGAGCUUUGGCAGCGGCUUCGCGUGCCUCGCGGCGUUGCCCGCCUGCCGUUUCGUGAUUUCAGUUUCAGUUUUGAAGAUCAGUUUGCGCCGUGCGGUUUAGCUUUGCAUGCGGAAGAGCGGCAGAGAGCUAAACUCUAUAAUUGAUUUGUGUACUUAACAAUAAAUAAAUAACAAUCAUAAUAGAAAUCGAAUUAAAUAAAGCUGUGCCAGUCGAACUCAACUCUUGCCAGACACUUGACGAAACAUUGCCAUUUACCUUGUUUUGUUUUGUUUUUUUCGUAUUCAAUUGCACAAAUUCCGCCCGAAUUCCGUCUUCGCAUAUCAAUGUCAAGUGCUGCCCGUCCGAUCGAAUCCGGGGUCAGAAGUGCUCAGCGGCUGAUUAACGUUCAAUACAACUGAGCGACAAAAGAGAGAAGCAAGAAAUAAGCAAAAAAAAAUAAAAUAAAAUAAAAUAAAGCCAAACAACAAAACAAAAAAGCAACAAAUAAACGACUAAUAAGGUGAAACGGCGCGAAACACGUUUUGUGUGUGUGUGUUUUUUUUCACAAAAAAACAAUAAAUAAAAAAACAAAGCACAGAACAAAAAAAAAAAAAAAAGAAAGAAAAAAAGAAGGCAAAUAAUUGAAAUUAUUGUCGUAAUCGUUGUUGAUGCAGCAAAACAGACAUCGAAUUAAACAAAUAUCAAUACAAAUAAAUUAAAUAAAUUAAAUACGCCGCACACAAAUCGUCUUGGCCAGAGACUGCAGCUCAGGGCCAGAGAAGAGGAGACACAGCCAGGGACAAGCUGAAAAGGAGCUAGAGACAAAGCCUGAGGCAAAGCCUGAGACAGAGAAGGAGACAGAGGCAGAGCCAGAGCAGAACCCGGAGACGGAACCAGAGCCUGAGCCAGAGAAGAAGCCAGAGAAGGCGCCAGAGAAGGAGCCAGAGACAGAAUCAUCACCAAAGCCAGGUGCCAGUGCCAGAGGCAGAGCAGGCGCCAGAGACAUAACCAAAGACAGAUAAAGAGCCAGGAACAAAGGUUGAGGAAAAACCAUCGUCACAGACAAAGCGAAAGACUAUUAGAGAAGGUGUCACAGAGAGAGAGAGAGAGAGAGAGAGGGAGAGAAGAGAACCAGAGACAGAGCCAGCGCCAGAGACACGAAGCCAAAGAAGGUGCCAGAAGAAUUGCCAGAGGCAGAGCCGGCGGCAACGAAUGCCAGGCAGAGAAACAGAGACAGAGCCAGCCUAAGAUAAGGAACCAAAGCCAGAGAAGUUGCCAGAGACAAACCUAGAGAAGCUGCCAGAGGCAGAGCCAGCUCUAGAGACCAUAAGAGAAACAGACAGUGCCAAAGACAAAGCCAGAGACAAGGUCGGAGCCAGAUUCGAGGCCUUUUCCAGUUUCCAGGCCUUGCUGUUUCGUCAUCGAGCACAAACCUGAUCUCGAUCUCGAUCUCGAUCUCGAUCUUGAGCGCCAGCUCGGAAGCGUGUCGGUUUUUACCCCUUACCAAAUAUGAGCAUAGCCUAGCUCAGCAGCGCGCACGUAAUUCAAGCAGCCGUGACUUGAAGUCAACAACAACAACAACACACACACACACACGUACACACACAAACACCUGUGCACACACCUGUACACACCUGUAGAGAAUGGAGCGUUCGCACAGCUGCAGCAACUUUGAGGGUCCGCAGGCGGAGGCGUCGCCUGCAUCUGGCGUCCACAAGCCGCACGCCGGCAGCAGCGACAAUCUGCCAAAGAGCAUCGCCGCCAGCUCCAUGGCGCACUUUCCGCCCAACAAGCCGCUGCGCAAGCGCCGCAAGCUGCAGCGACAGCAGUCCGUCAUUGUGGACGACACGGAAUGCGAGUGCGCCUAUGCGGCAGAUCUGGAGGAGAACGCCGAUCCGGAUGCAGCCGAGGAGCCGCUAAUCAUGCCCCGGCUGCCGGGCAAGCACUUUGAGCCGCAUGUGCGGCACGUCUCGUGCAGCAGCGGCGGCAGUUCCCAGAAUGGACGUUGCCUGCGGCACGAGGAGUCCUUUGACUCGUGCAGCACGGCGCCGGAGCUGAGUCCGCAGGCGGUGCGACAGCAUCGCUUCAGCAGCCUGUUGCUGCGGGACAGCUCCGUCUCGAUGCAGUCGGACUCGAGCCGGUAUUCGAGCGUGGACAGCUUGCUGGAGUCGCGCAAACCGGAUCCGGAGGCGAUACUCAUCAAUCUGGGCUUCGGGCCCGUCGGCACCGAGGAUAUGCUGUCGCGCAUACCGAAACGCUUCCUCAAGCCCUCCAAGGUGCCGGGCAUCGAUACGGAGGCGUUUGUCAAGCGUCUGCAAUUGGCCAGCUCCCUGGCCGAUUCGAGCGCUCUGGGCUAUCGCGGCCUCACCUCCAGCUCCGAUCAGCCGCCCUCGUCGAUUGUCGCCAAGAUCAUGGAACGCUUCGAGGUCAACAAUCAGCGCAAACAGUCCAUGGGUCACAUUGAGCACACGAUACGCUGAACAAAGAUUUAAGCUGGAGUAUUCGCAUUCCCAUUCCCAUUCCCAUCUAUCUAGUAUAUGUAUCUAUUGAAUAUCUGAAAUUGUUAGCCCUACUUACUUAAGUUAAUUUGUUAGACAGCUCAGCGAGCGGGUAUUUACCCGUUUGGGGGGCUUUUUAUUUCUAUUGUCAUGUGAUGUUUAUCUUGUCCAUUAGCUUUUAGUUAUGCCGCGUACUUAGCUUUGUCUAUUGUUGUACCUACCGAUUCUGGUUUUAUUUUCUAGCAUUUUAAGCUCUCGAUUAAGCAUUAAAAAAACACAAU